GAACGUGUUUUAAGAAGAAAUGACCAAAUGAAAUUUUUCGAAAAAAGUAGUUAAAAACAUAAACAAUUUAGUGAAAGAAAGGACAAUUAAAUUACGCGUAAAUAAAAAUGAAGUCUAAGAUUGAUUUCCUCGGAUAAUGGAUUGCUAGUAGGGAUUGUUGAAAGUGUUAAAUAGAAUUGGAAUGCAAAUCGACUUCUGGCAAGAGAAGGCAAGAGAGUGCAACACGCAAGCAAUCAGAAAAAUAAACAUCGAUUUGAAUGGGUAAAUGAGUUGAUGUGGUGGUAUAUAUAUAUAUAUAUAUAUAUAUAUAUGCAUAUACAUAUAUAUUUAUAUAAAUGCAUAUAUUAAUUUACUGGAAACAUAAAAAGUUAGAUGUGUCAGUAGUGCGGGAUCAAAACAGAAAGAGACCUUGAAAAGAUUCAAUUGAGAGUAAAGAGAAUAUAGGAAUAUGAAUUGUAAGAAAGGGAAAAUGCAAAAGAUUCAAUAAAACAACUGCAAUCAAAUUAGGAACAGAGGCAAAAAAGGAAUAAACAAAUUUGUAAAAUUGGCAAAUUGCCAUUAAAAAUGACCACAAUGUCCAUUCAUAAGAUCAUAGGGGCAGAAAAUGUGAUAUCCACGGCGAUAAGUGAACCGGAAACGGCCCGGUUGUCUUCAACCCCAUCUCCUUCAACGACGGAAGAUGGUGGGGUUACUAUUAUUAACGGUCGUGAAGCCCGCAACUUGGCAGAGAAGCAACGGCGAGAUAAAUUAAAUGCUAGUAUCGGUGAGUUAGCAACGAUGGUACCGCAUGUAGUGGACGCACAGCGCAGAAUGGAUAAAACGGCUGUGCUAAGAUUUGCUACACAUGGUCUCCGACUACAAUAUGUAUUCGGGAAGUCGGCGAUUAGACGCAAUAAAAUAAGAGGACACGAUCAAUUGAUGACUAAUGCAUUACUCCAACUCUUAGACAGUUUCCUUAUAACCCUAACAUGCCACGGCCAAAUAGUGCUUAUUUCCUCGAGUGUCGAACAUUUGUUGGGUCAUUGCCAAUCGGACCUGUACGGUCAGAAUAUUUUACAAAUAACGCAUCCAGAUGAUCACAAUUCUUUAAGACAACAUUUAAUUCCAAAAGAUAUUGAGAACUUGUUUGGAGUUAUUCAAACAUCAUACCAUUCACAGCAACGACAACCGGAGCAAGAUCCUUUAGAGAAGAUCUAUUGUCAAAAUCCAUUCAAUCAAGGCAACUGUGAUCGCAUCAAUGAAAAAUUAAGAGCCGAUAAGCGUUGUUUUACUGUACGCUUGGCUCGUGCUUCUACGCGAUCUGAGGCAAGAAAGGUCUACGAGGUCGUUAAAAUUGACGGCUGUUUUCGGCGUAGCGAUUAUUCAAUCGCACCCAGUGGCAGUUAUCCCAUUGUUUCCCAACUAAUUCGGCGUUCACGUAGUAAUGGAAAUGCGCCCGUCAUAGGUGGAGGUGCUUUCAUACCACAUUUAAUGCAACACGACGCCAUAGCCCAGGCCGCUUUACAUGGAGUUAGUGGCAACGAUAUUGUCUUAGUAGCCAUGGCUCGUAUUAUCCGUCCACCGAAAAUUCUCAAUUGGCCUUUAGACGCAAACCGUUUGGAAUAUAAAACACGUCACUUAAUUGAUGGGCGCAUUAUUGAAUGUGAUCAGCGCAUAAGUUUGGUUGCAGGCUAUCUAAAGGACGAGGUUCGAAAUCUAAGUCCAUUUUCAUUUAUGCAUCAAGACGACGUUCGUUGGGUUAUUGUGGCUUUGCGUCAAAUGUAUGAUUGUAAUAGUGAUUAUGGUGAAAGUUGCUUUCGGUUAUUGUCGCGAAAUGGAAAUUUCAUCUAUAUGCAAACAAGAGGGUACCUGGAAAUAGAUAAAAGCACGAACAAAGUUCAUUCAUUUGUCUGCAUCAAUACCUUGCUUGAUGAAGAAGACGGGCGACGUAAAGUGCAAGAAAUGAAAAAUAGAUUUUCCAUAAUAAUAAAUGCUAAGGUGCCAACGAAUUCCGUACAGGAUUUACCUGCCUCUCAAAAUCCUCAGCAGUUGGAACGAAUUGUUUUGUACCUGAUCGAAGACUUGCAAAAGCGACAAAGUUCUAGUUGCAUAGUGGAUGAGAUACAUUCUAACGAAGAGUGUAACAACUUUAAUUACAGCAGUACACCACCUUUAGCGUUAGUGCCGCCAGAACCCGCUUCUGUUAAAAGUUCAAUAUCUCAGUCAGUGAGUGUAGUAAACAUUACGGCAGCCAAAAACUUUCAUAUAAAAACGAAAAUUGAUGAGUGCAGGGAAGCUCAAUGGAGUGACGGCGACGGCGACGGCGACGAGGCCAACGGUGAAUCAUCUAUGCCAGCCGAUUCGCCAACGAAACAACAACAAAGUAGAGCAACCGUUUUGCAAAUGCAAACAAAGACAAGUCGAAUUGUAGAUAAAGACAUUGUUGAAAAAGAGACUGCGAUUCCAAUGGAAUCAUCACGUUCCACGGUUUUGAAGCGUUUUUCUACCACUGCCGACGACAGUAGCAUCGAACACCAGCCAUCCAAACGUAUUUUGAAUACAACCGUAGAGAAUCCGUUAACGCAUAGCACUUCCAAUCACUCUGGAAAUAGUAACACGUCAGACAUUCACAACUUUAUAUCGACAUCAUUACGACAUGUUUGCGAAUCAUUGCAUAGAAUUGAUGCCCGUACGAGCACAUUGCGUAAACAACGAUCUAGCCUUCCUAGCUCUAUUGAUCAUAAGUUGGAUGCCAUCAUUAUUGAGCAACAGAAGCAAAAUGAAUUUUUGGCGAAUAUUAAAACAGAAUACGAAGAGCACGUCGAGGAAUAUCCUCAGUCUGACGAAGGCCUUUUGUCACGACUGUAGAGUACUCUAAAUGGCGAAUCCCUAAAAAAUAGACAUCCUGAAUAUAAUAUAUAUAAUUAUAUAUGCAGUCAAAUAUACAUAUGAAUUUUUGUAUGUAUAUUUUAGGUCUUUGUGCCCUUUAAGCUGAGUUUUAAACAAAAUAUGCAUCCUUUUAAGAAAUGAUAGUCUUAUGCACACCUCUGUUUCCUUUAUGGUGUGAUUUAUCCCAACUAACGAUUUUAUUAUACCCUGUCAAUUAAUAAAAACGAAGUUUUAAAAUAGGAUAUAAUAUUCCGUUGCUUUUAAGGGAUCUUCAUUUUAAUUAAGUAACGAGAAUACCAAGUACAAGCUGCUGAUAAUUUGAAGUGCUUUUUAUUUUCAUUUAAAAAAGGACUGUACAGAAACUCCUUCAAUAAAAAGCAA